AGAUGCCGGGGGACCGCACGCUCCGGCUGCAGCACGGGAACCGCAUCGAGGCCCUGUGCGUGCUGGGCACCCGCAUCUCCGCCGAUGUCUACGGGGCGGCCCCGGCUGGGGCGGCUUCCUUCAGUGUGAAGCACACGGAAGGGGUGAGUGUGGAGGUGGCAUGUCGGGGCCAAGUAGAGGUCAGGCCAGCCCCUGGCAGUGGGACACGGUGGCCGCUGGACGAGGGGACCGUCCUGAGGUUCAGCAUGAGCCGGGCCAGCACCGAGGUCAAUGAUAACAAGGUAACUGUCAGCUUUUAUGCAGAGGGAGGGCAGCCCAUCAACCAAGCUGGGGUCUUCCUCACCGGCAUCGGGAUCUCUCUGGACGUCGACGCGGAUCGGGAUGGCGUGGUGGAAAAGAACAACCCCAACAAGGCAAGCUGGACCUGGGGUCCCGAGGGACACGGGGCCAUCCUGCUCGUCAGCUGCGACAAGGAGAGCCCCUUCACUCCGGCAUCAGACUGCAAUGACGAAAGGGUAUUCAGCAAAGAAGAUUUGCUGGACAUGUCUCGGAUGGUCUUAAGGACCGAAGGGCCACAGCGCCUGCCCCGGGGGUACGAAAUCAUUCUCUAUAUUCCUGUUUCUGACGCCGACAAAGUUGGGGUCUUUUAUGUGCAGAACCCCUUCUUUGGGCAUCGCUACAUCCACGUGCUGGGCCAGAGGAAGCUGUACCACACCGUGCAGUACACCGGUGGGGCGGCUGAACUCGACUUCUUUGUCGAGGGGCUCCGCUUUCCUGAUGACACCUUCUCUGGGCUGGUCUCCAUCCACAUCAGCCUCCUGGAGACACCAGCUGAGGGUAUCCCCCAUACACCAAUCUUCACCGACACAGUAGUGUUCAGGGUAGCACCGUGGAUCAUGACCCCCAACACUUUGGCACCAGUGAACGUCUUCAUCUGCAGCAUGAAGGAAAACUAUCUCUUCAUCAAGGAGAUUAAAAACCUGGUGAACAAAGCUGGCUGUGAGCUGAAGGCUUGCUUAGGCUACAUCAACCGUAGGGACCGCUGGAUGCAGGAUGAGAUUGAGUUUGGCUACACCCAUGCUCCCCACAAAAGCUUUCCGGUGGUGCUGGACUCCCCUCAAGAUACAGGGCUGGAGCAAUUCCCCAUCAAGAAGCUGCUGGGCCCCGACUUUGGCUACGUGAGCAGAGAGCCCCUCUUUGAAGCCAUCACCAGUCUCGACUCCUUUGGCAACCUGGAGGUCAGCCCACCUGUGACCGUGGCAGGGAAGGAGUAUCCCUUGGGAAGGAUCCUCAUCGGGAGCAGCUUCCCCAUUUCCGCAGGGAGGAGAAUGACCAGAGUGGUGCGGGAUUUCCUCUACGCCCAGCAAGUGCAGGCUCCCGUGGAGCUCUACUCCGACUGGCUGUCCGUGGGCCACGUCGACGAGUUUGUCACUUUUGUGCCCACCUCUGAUGCAAAGCGAUUUCGGAUGCUGAUGGCCAGCCCCGCGGCGUGCUACAAGCUCUUUCGGGAGAAGCAGAAGGAGGGUCAGGGCGAAGCCACCAUGUUCAAAGGGUACUUGGGAACAGACACGAAACGGGUCACCAUUAACAAGGUCCUUUCCAACGAUAUCCUGGUGCAGCAGAACCAGUAUGUCCAGCGCUGCAUUGACUGGAACAGGGAUAUCCUCAAGAAGGAGCUGGGGUUGACAGAAGAUGACAUCGUUGACCUGCCAGCUCUCUUCAAGCUCGACAAGCAUGGCAAAGCUGUGCCGUACUUCCCCAACAUGAUGUGUCGGGGAGCGCAGACGGCAGCUGCGGUGUCGCCCCGUAUCAAGAAGUUUGCCAUCUACAGAUGGGAUCCCGAUAAGCCUGGGGACAAGCCCCGCAUGCAGACAUAUGAAGUGGAUUUGAAUAAAUGUGGGCCUAUGGUGCUUGAUGCUCUGAUCAAGAUUAAAAAUGAGUUGGACUCCACUCUGACCUUCCGCAGAUCAUGUAGGGAAGGCAUCUGUGGCUCUUGCGCUAUGAACAUUGCAGGUGGAAACACCCUGGCUUGUAUCAAAAGAAUCGAUCCUGAUCUCAACAAGAUCACUAAAAUCUACCCUCUCCCCCACAUGUAUGUGGUGAAAGACCUUGUUCCGGACUUGAGUAACUUCUAUGCACAGUACAAAUCCAUCGAGCCUUACUUGAAGAAGAAGGAUGAGUCGAAACAGGGCAAGGAACAGUACCUGCAGUCCAUAGAAGACCGUCAGAAACUGGACGGACUCUACGAGUGCAUCCUGUGUGCCUGCUGCAGCACCAGCUGUCCCAGUUACUGGUGGAAUGGGGACAAGUAUUUGGGUCCUGCGGUACUGAUGCAGGCCUAUCGCUGGAUGAUUGACUCCAGAGAUGACUACACAGAGGAACGCCUGGCACAGCUUCAAGACCCGUUUUCUCUCUACCGUUGUCACACUAUCAUGAAUUGCACAAGGACUUGCCCUAAGGGUUUGAACCCUGGCAAAGCAAUUGCUGAGAUCAAGAAGAUGAUGGCAACUUACAAAGAGAAGGCAACCGCUGCGUAAUGCUGUUCCCUAACUGGAAGUGUAAUGUGCAAACGUGCUUUACCUGAAAGUAAUUUAUACAUGAUUUAGCAAGAGAAGGUUCCAGCAAGGAGUUUGGUAUUUUUCCCAUAGGUUUGCAUGUACAAUAAAUACUGUAAAGAACAAA